GAAUUUUCGAGCGAUUUGGCGCAUCCGUUUAUCGUAAUCGACAACAAAUUCAUGCCACAUUCGUUUAUUUGUUUUGUUACACGUUUCAUUUAUUUAUCGCUGGGAUAGUUUGGAUUAGUCGAGAGGAUUAUUUGACAUAGCGAACGCCAUGGGAUUUCAUCUGACGUGGAUUGCAGUAUGAAGUCCGGGACGCCGGUGGCGGCGGCGGCAGUGGCGCAGUUGGGGGCGGCGGCGGCGAGAACCGUCUCUGGUCCGUCCAGCAGGCAUACGCAGGGUGCGCAUGGCAAGGGACAAUUAGCGCGACAGCAGCGACUGCAGCGACGGCGGCGACAGCAGCCACAGCGGCAACAGCGGCGACCGCGAUGAGUACCGUGGGGGCGGGCGUGACGAGCCCGGGACAAGCGGGCGCCCGCACGCCGACCGCCCCCAAGCGGCCGGUGCGUAGGGGCGGCAAGCCGCCGCCCGAUCGACCGCAGCGCGCCCUCUUCUGUCUCUACCUUAAGAACCCCAUCAGGAAGCUAUGUAUCGACGUCGUCGAAUGGAAACCUUUCGAAUGGUUAAUUUUACUAACAAUAUUCGCGAACUGCGUUGCCUUAGCUGUUUACACUCCAUUUCCCAAUAGUGACUCAAAUACAACAAACGCGUAUUUGGAAAAAAUUGAAUACAUUUUUUUAGUCAUUUUCACAGUGGAAUGCAUAAUGAAAAUAAUAGCAUACGGUUUCAUAAUGCAUCCAGGGUCGUAUCUUCGUAAUGGCUGGAAUUUGCUCGAUUUUACCAUAGUAAUUAUAGGUAUGAUAAGUACGGCGUUAUCAUUUCUUACAAGAGAUAGUUUCGAUGUAAAAGCUCUGAGAGCUUUUAGAGUUCUUCGACCGUUAAGGCUAGUUUCUGGUGUUCCCAGUUUACAAGUUGUGUUAAACUCAAUUUUACGUGCCAUGGUGCCUUUAUUACAUAUUGCUCUGUUAGUAUUGUUUGUUAUAAUAAUUUAUGCGAUCAUUGGUUUGGAGUUAUUCUCAGGAAAAAUGCAUUUUACAUGCUACAACAGUGCAGGUGAAGAAAUGGAUGGUGCCCACCCAUGCGAUCCUACUGGUGUAGGAUUUAAUUGUUCCGAAUUGGGUUCAGACUAUAAUUGCACGGGACCUUGGGGAGGGCCAAACGACGGGAUUACCAACUUCGACAAUUUUGGUUUGUCGAUGUUAACGGUUUUUCAAUGUAUUACACUAGAAGGCUGGACCGAUGUGCUUUACAAUAUACAAGACGCAAUGGGAAGGACGUGGCAAUGGUCGUAUUUCGUUUCGAUGGUCAUCCUGGGGGCGUUCUUCGUCAUGAACUUGAUUCUCGGUGUCCUCAGCGGAGAGUUCUCCAAGGAAAGAGAGAAGGCGAAGGCCCGUGGCGACUUCCACAAACUGAGAGAGAAGCAACAACUGGAGGAGGACCUGAGGGGGUACCUGGAUUGGAUAACGCAAGCUGAAGACAUCGAACCGGAGGGCGAGAACCAGCAGAACCAGGACGCCAGGAACACGGUCACCAACGAGAUGGAGUCGACGGACCAGCUAGGCGAAGAGGAGAUACAGCAAGACUCUUGGUUCAAGAAGAGGAAAAAAGACUUCGAACGGGUGAACCGCAGGAUGCGACGGUCGUGUCGGAAAGCCGUUAAAUCGCAGACAUUUUAUUGGCUCAUUAUAGUUUUAGUGUUUUUGAAUACCGGCGUUUUGGCUACUGAACAUUACCAACAGCCGGUCUGGUUGGAUGAUUUUCAAGAGUACACGAAUAUGUUUUUCAUUGCCCUUUUUACAAUGGAAAUGUUGUUGAAAAUGUAUAGUUUAGGUUUUCAAGGUUACUUUGUUUCGUUGUUUAACCGUUUUGACUGUUUUGUUGUUAUUGGAAGUAUUACGGAAAUGGUCCUGACCAACACACACGUAAUGCCUCCUUUGGGUAUAUCUGUACUUCGUUGUGUUAGACUUCUUAGAGUUUUUAAAGUUACCAAAUAUUGGCGAUCGUUGUCAAAUUUGGUGGCGUCGUUGUUGAAUUCGAUACAAUCAAUCGCUUCGUUACUGCUGUUACUUUUCUUGUUUAUUGUUAUUUUUGCGUUACUGGGAAUGCAAGUGUUUGGCGGAAGGUUCAAUUUUAAGGAGACCCAGGAGAAAUCCCGUUUUAAUUUUGAUAGCUUCUGGCAGAGUUUACUGACUGUGUUUCAGAUAUUAACAGGUGAAGAUUGGAAUGCCGUAAUGUAUCAAGGCAUUGCUGCGUAUGGAGGUGUGAAGUCGCCCGGUGUUUUAGCUUGUAUAUAUUUUAUUAUUCUUUUUAUUUGUGGUAAUUAUAUUCUGUUAAACGUUUUCUUGGCUAUCGCUGUAGACAACUUAGCUGACGCCGAAUCAUUGACGGCAAUCGAAAAAGAGGAAGAGGAGGAAGCCGAGAAGCAAAAAUCAAAAAGUCCCACUCCCAACGGAGAGGAGGAAAUUGAAGAAGAGGAGCAUAGCAUCGAGGAAGAGGAGGAAGAGGAGACCGAAGAGGAAGGCAAUUACGAUUCAGAAAGAUCUGAUCACGACGAAGAGACCGAAUUCCAAACGAAAGACGAGGACACAGAAGGGGAAAUCGAGGAGGAGCGCCGCAGUAAGGACGACGAAGAUGAUUUAGAAACAAAAGAAACAGCCCGACCUCGACGUUUAUCCGAGGUCACAAUAGUAAAGAAAGUUCGGCCAAUUCCAAAAGGGAGUGCCUUCUUUAUAUUUUCUUAUAAGAACAGGUUUCGGGUGUUCUGUCACUGGCUUUGCAAUCACAGCGCCUUUGGAAACGUCAUCCUUGUGUGCAUCAUGGUUUCCUCCGCCCUUCUGGCCGUGGAGGACCCGAUUAACUCCGAAUCGGAAACGAACAAAGUCUUGCAGAUAUUCGAUUAUGUGUUUACGGCCGUAUUCUCGAUUGAACUGCUGCUGAAAACAAUAUCCUACGGGUGUAUUUUACAUGAUGGUGCCUUUUUACGUUCUGCAUUUAACGUUUUGGAUCUGGCUGUCGUUUGUGUCUCCAUUGUUUCAAUUUUCAGCAGCAAAGGAGCCAUGUCAGUGGUGAAAAUUCUUCGAGUUCUGCGCGUGCUGCGUCCACUGAGAGCCAUAAACCGUGCGAAGGGACUUAAGCACGUAGUCCAGUGUGUGAUAGUCGCGGUUAAGACCAUCGGCAACAUAGUAUUGGUCACAUGUCUCCUACAGUUCAUGUUCGCGGUAAUAGGAGUCCAAUUGUUUAAGGGAAAGUUUUCUCAUUGUACUGACGCUUCCAAGUUGACAGCUGCAGAUUGCAAUGGAACAUAUUUGGUAUAUUCAGACGGUGAUAUAAACAAGCCGGAGAUGAAAGAUCGUAGUUGGGAGCCGAAUCGGUUUCACUUCGACAACGUGGCAAAAGCAAUGCUGACGUUAUUUACGGUGUCCACAUUUGAAGGAUGGCCGGGACUGUUAUACGUUUCAAUAGACUCAAAUGAAGAAAACAAAGGACCAAUUCACAAUUACCGCCCCAUUGUAGCAGCGUAUUAUAUUAUAUACAUUAUUAUAAUAGCCUUUUUCAUGGUUAACAUUUUCGUUGGUUUCGUUAUCGUUACAUUCCAAAACGAGGGUGAACAAGAAUACAAGAACUGCGAAUUGGACAAGAACCAGCGUAACUGCAUCGAAUUCGCUUUGAAGGCCAAACCUGUCAGACGUUACAUUCCCAAGCAUCGCAUCCAAUACAAGGUUUGGUGGUUCGUCACCUCCAGACCGUUCGAGUAUGCGAUAUUCACGUUGAUCUUGACCAACACAAUAACGUUGGCGAUGAAGUACUACAACCAGCCGGCGAUUUACGAGGCCUUCUUGGACAACUUGAACAUGAUUUUCACCGCGGUCUUCGCCAUGGAGUUCGUCUUCAAACUGGCGGCCUUCAGAGUCAAGAACUACUUCGGAGAUGCAUGGAAUGUGUUCGAUUUUAUUAUAGUACUGGGAAGUUUCGUGGACAUUGUCUAUCAGGACGUCAACCCUGGAUCGAAAUUCCAAAUUUCCAGUAACUUCUUCAGAUUGUUUCGUGUGAUGCGACUCAUCAAACUACUAAGCAGAGGUGAGGGUAUCAGAACGUUGCUGUGGACGUUCCUUAAGUCGUUCCAAGCUUUGCCAUACGUAGCACUGUUGAUCGUGAUGCUGUUCUUCAUUUAUGCCGUCAUUGGCAUGCAGAUGUUUGGCAAGAUCGAAAGCUUGGACCCGGAAUCCGAGAGUUCCAUAAACCGGAACAAUAACUUUGCGUCGUUUUUUCAAGCUGUGCUGGUACUUUUUAGAUCAGCGACAGGUGAAGCCUGGCAGGAAAUCAUGAUGGAUUGUGCGGAUACACCAGCUGCAAAAUGUGACAGGAGGAUUGACUCCAAGGAUUCUUCAACGGGCUGUGGAUCAGACAUAGCUUACCCAUAUUUUAUUUCUUUCUAUGUUUUGUGUUCAUUUUUGAUUAUAAAUUUGUUCGUUGCUGUUAUUAUGGAUAAUUUCGAUUAUCUAACUAGGGACUGGUCUAUUUUGGGACCUCAUCAUCUCGAUGAAUUUAUAAGGCUGUGGAGUGAAUACGAUCCUGACGCUAAGGGCAGGAUAAAACAUUUAGACGUCGUAACCCUUCUUCGAAAAAUAUCCCCACCCUUAGGUUUUGGGAAACUUUGUCCGCAUCGUGUCGCGUGUAAACGUUUAGUUUCGAUGAACAUGCCAUUAAAUAGUGACGGGACAGUUUUAUUUAACGCAACACUUUUCGCAGUAGUACGUACGUCGCUUAGAAUAAAAACGGAGGGCAAUAUAGACGACGCGAAUGCUGAACUAAGAGCGGUAAUCAAAAAAAUCUGGAAGAGGACCAGUCCCAAAUUACUGGACCAAGUAGUACCACCGCCUGGCGUAGACGACGAGGUUACAGUUGGGAAGUUCUAUGCCACUUUCCUCAUUCAAGACUAUUUCCGACGAUUCAAGAAACGAAAGGAACAGGAACUGAAGGAGGGAGAUAAGGACACGCACAACACAGUCACCCUGCAGGCCGGCUUGCGCACCUUGCACGAAGCUGGUCCGGAACUAAAGCGGGCCAUAUCCGGAAAUCUGGACGAACUCAUCGACGAUAAUCCUGAGCCAAUGCAUCGAAGAAACCAUUCCCUCUUCGGCAGCGUGUGGUCAUCGAUGCGAAGGGGGCACAGUUUCAACAGGGCCAAAUCGCUGAAGGUCAACGCCAAAUCGCAGAUGCAGAUUAAAAUAACGCCCGCUUCCAGCGUUGAGUUUAUACCGUACAAUUCGAUCAAGAGCGCAGUCACCGAGGGCAUGAACCACAUCACCUCGCUGACGAAGAACGUCGUGCAGAACAGGGCCAGUUGCACCUCCAUCCACAACAUGGAGGGACUGAGGGACGAGGAGAUUCCGCUGAAAUCGCUCAACCUCCACAACGGGGAGUCGGAGAAGAAUAGUUUCACUGUCAUUAAUCUACAGGGUGACCACACUGAGCUGAUGCCACCGACGCCACCGCCGCGACGUCUGCGACUGGGCUUGGGGAGUCUGGGGGCCGGUUGCAUGCAUCAAACAACGCCUAUGCAACACGCACCGAGCUUUAGUCGCAUAGCAAGCGGCCUGAAACUCGCACAAGCACAAGCAAUGGCAGUUGCGGGCUUCUUGCCGUCGGACUCGGCCCAAAUCCCAUCCGAGUAUCCAUCGUCGGACGGCUUCGGCUUUCAUCCAUCCGUUUCGGAUUCGGAGGGAGAUGGCCGACAUGGACGCUCGUCACUCCUAAAUCAUAGGGCUUCCUUCCAUGGCAGAGGUGGGGCCGAGGCAAACGGCCACGCUGGCGCCGAAAGGCUGACACAUUCACUGCCGGGCAGCCCAGCUGACAGGAGGCCGCCAUCGUUCGAGGUAGUGGGCUCCGCUGAGAGCCUAGUGGGACGGAUCCUGGCCGAACAGGGUCUCGGCAAGUACUGCGAUCCGGACUUCGUGCGGUACACAUCCAAGGAGAUGCAGGAAGCCAUGGACAUGACGCAGGAGGAGAUGGACCGCGCGGCCCACCAGCUGUUGCAGCAGGAGCGACGCAUCCACGGUCCGACGGGGAAGGUUGACGCACUGCAGCCGCCGUUAUAGCAUACUCUCAAAGUUUCCUAAUCUCCCGCCACAUUACCAAGUGCCUAAUCUUUUCUUCUGGUCCAAAGAAGACUAAAUAUAAUAAUAACGUGUAGUUUUUUAACCUGGAUUUUACUUGAAAUGGAUUGUUUCUCCAGUUACAAAAUCCCAUGUACAGGGUGUGAGAACAAAUAUUAAAAACUGACAUUACAAUUUUGUAAUAUCAAAUGUGUCAAAAUAUAAUAAAUAAUUCAUUCUACUUAUUUGCCUCAGUAAAUACAGUUCCCGUUCGAAUUUUAACGCACAAUUGCCACAAAGACAAAGUCAUAGCAAACCUUUCAAAUCCACCCAUUGUUUUAACUGUUUUGUUAAAGGUAAGUAGUACCAGAAUGUUACCAACUCAUUGAAUUUUUAUUAAUUCCGAAUUGCAUAGUGAAAGACUGAAUUGCUAACUUUUAGCAUUUGCUACGACUUUGUCUGAUUUACACCAUACUCAUUUGUUUCUAAUUUUGACUCUUAUGUAGAUUCAACCAGGACCACUGAAACCUUCCUACCUUGCUAUAAAAUUGUAACAAAACUUUAAACUUCUCGCACAGCAGUGAACAAAGCUUUUAAAUGUUUUAGAAGGCUUUGUUCAUAACUGGGCAAAACUAACUCGUAUCCAAUUUCCAUAACUCUCAGUAAAAUGACAACAAAAUUCAUAAUAUAAUUUAUGAAAAUAUCUUCGUUCGAUAUACAUACAUAUAUUGAUGGGUGUUUUUAGUCCUUAGAAGAAUAUCUCGAAUCAUUUUCACGGGGAUGAAACUGGCUGUUGUUUAUAAGCCAUAUUCAUAUGACCAUAUUGACAGUGAUUGAGAUUGGACCAAAUUAGUCACUCACGCAAUUUUUUUAGAUGACUUUUAGAGCUACAUGAUCAUGUGGUAAUCUAGUUCAUCCCUGGAUGACGAAUACAUUCGAUCGAGAUUGUAUUAUAUAUAUAUUUAAGGAGUAAAACCGUUCUUCUAAGGCUUGAUGUAAAACCAAUUUGUGUUGUACUUCUGUUAUAUUGUUAUUUAGUACACUAUACACAUAAUAGCUGUUAUGUUAAUAAUUAUUCGAAAUCGAAGAUAUUUUUGUGUAUAUUAAUGUUUAUUUGUGUAACUUGACUAUAGAUCAAUUUUCUCCGAUUAGACAUAAGAACUUUACUAGUGUCAAAUUUUAUAUGAAUGUCUUAUAUAUUUUAAUAGAAAAUUUUGUACCAACUUUAUAAAAACAAUGGGCCAAUGUCGCGACAAUUAUUUAUUUAUUUUUCUAUUAUAAAUUCGAUGAAUUUUGUUGUAAAAUAAUCAUUAAACAUGGACAUUUCGGUUUAUGUAAUCUUUGGGACGUUGCGACGUUGGUCGCCUUGACUUUUAUUCUACACAUUAUCUCUAAAAAAUUUUAAAAUUACAUAAUAGAACUAUUUAAAACAAUGUUUAAACUUCCCUAAGCGAAACUUCAUAAAAUCUAACUAAAUGUUUUAAUAUAAAUGACAUCUAAAUUUGACAAAAUGCUCCAUAUAACCUGUCAACAAAAUUUCUUUUAGAAAUAGGUUUAUUUCGAAAUAAGUGUCUAAAUAAUAUAUAAUUAAAUAAAGAUUUUACUUGUUACAAUGUUUAGGAAAAUUUUGUCUAGAAAAAAAAAUGAAAUUUUAAUGAAUCAGUUAUUACUAUUUAUGGAACAUUUGAAAAGGCAUGUAAUUGAAAUUUCAUCAGAACUCCCAUUUCCUAUUACUAAGCUUAUUAUAUAUGAAAUAUACAAAUUAACUAAAUUUUAAAUGUUCCGUAAAUAUAUGCAGGGUGCAACAAAAAUUAUUUGAAGUUUUAUUUAUGAAUUUAUUUUUGUCUGAUUGGUAAAAUGAAUUUCUAUUUUCUUUAAAUAAAUAAAAACCAAUAA